GAAACAGCGGACUCGGGCGAAGGAUGGCUUCUGCUAGCGGACAGUUUUUCCGACGGCUCGGAGCGCUCAGCGGGGCUGCCGCGGUGGGGGCUGCCGCUUACGGGGCUCACGGGUUCCGCCGCAGUGACCGGGAUGACUACUUGAAAGAGCUCUACGAAACAGCCAACAAGUACCACUUCCUGCACAGCUUGGCGCUGUUGGCCGUCCCCCACUGCCGGUACCCCACGGUGGCUGGGACUGUCCUGUCCACGGGAAUGGGUAUGUUCUGUGGGGCCUUCUACUACCACGCCAUGACGGGAGACCCCACUUUUACCAAAGCGGCACCCUUCGGUGGAACCCUCCUCAUCCUCGGCUGGAUCGCGAUGGCGCCCUGACACACCCCGCCCCACUCCACGAUUUUUUCUUCCAGUGCAGUGGCCGGUGUCUGGUGUCCAUGGGUGGAAGGAAAUGCCUGAUAUGGGGCCAGUAUUGUAACAGGGGGAGUCAAAGGAGGGGAGGAGGUUGCCAAGCCCAGCCAAUGCUGCCUUCCCAGUGUCGUUUCUUGCCCUUGCGACCCUCAUCUUUUUGGGAUAAUUUUUUAGAAUCAAGCACAGAUUUUUGAAGUUAACUCUGCAAUGAAUUUAAGGCCAGGAAAGAAUCAUGUUAAACCACCUGUCUUGACCUGAAUGGGAUGAUAGCUGUGUCUUGACCGGUCCUUAAAAGUGAUUGAAUAAACGAAUGUGAGCUGC